AUGAGCAUUUACCAAGCAUCGGUGACAGCUCCCGUCAACAUUGCUACUUUGAAGUAUUGGGGCAAAAGAGAUAAGUCUUUAAAUUUGCCCACGAAUUCAAGCAUAUCAGUAACUUUAUCGCAAGAUGAUUUGCGUACAUUAACAACAGCUUCAGCGUCGCCAUCGUUUAAAGAGGAUCAGCUAUGGCUCAAUGGCAAAUUGGAGAACCUCAAUACACCAAGGACUCAAGCUUGUUUAGCAGAUUUACGCCAAUUGCGGAAACAAGACGAAGAAAAAGAUGAUUCAUUACCGAAAUUGUCAGAUUACAAAUUACACAUUGUUUCCGAGAACAAUUUCCCUACGGCAGCAGGAUUAGCAUCCUCGGCAGCAGGAUUUGCCGCGUUGAUUUUCGCAAUUGCUAAGCUCUUCAAUCUACAACAAACGAAUUCAGAAUUGUCUAAAAUUGCAAGAAAAGGUUCAGGAUCGGCAUGCAGGUCACUUUUCGGUGGGUUUGUAGCUUGGGAAAUGGGUUCGCAAGUAGACGGAUCUGAUUCAAAAGCUAUCGAAAUUGCCCCAUUGUCACAUUGGCCAAGCAUGAAGGCAAUGAUUCUUGUAGUUAGUGAUGAUAAGAAGGAUACAUCUUCAACAACCGGAAUGCAAGCUACAGUAGCAACAUCUGAUUUAUUCCAGCACAGAAUUGAAAACGUUGUUCCUAAAAGGUUUGAAGAAAUGAAACAAGCUAUUUUAGAUAAAGAUUUUGCAAAAUUUGCAGAAUUGACUAUGCGUGAUUCGAAUCAAUUUCAUGCAACUUGUUUAGAUACGUAUCCACCGAUUUUUUACUUAAACGAUACGAGCAAAAAAAUCAUCAAGGUUGUUGAGAGAAUCAAUAGUGAUGCUGGUGAGGUUAUUGCUGCUUAUACUUUUGAUGCUGGUCCAAAUGCUGUCAUUUAUUAUGAUGAAAAAGACGAGGAAAAAGUAUUAGGUGCAAUGUACAAAUAUUUUGGUAGUGUUGAUGGAUGGAAUCAUAAAAAAUUUCAACAUGGCAAUAAUGAAGAUGAAAUAAAGGGCGUUUCUAGAGUUAUCUUGACUACUAUAGGUGAAGGACCUCAGUCUACAGAGGAGUCCUUAAUCAAUGAGUCCGGAUUGCCUAAAUUAGCCACCUCUACCAACAAUUAG